AUGAUUUCAGAUUAUGAGUAUUGUUAAGAGCAUCCAAAUAGUAAAAUUGGAGGCAUAUAUAUGGUAAAGCAUAGAAGCAACAUUCAGAGAAAAGUUUGUAUGGAAUGUAUUUUAACACAUAAAAUACCAUCAGAAUAAAUAUUAUCUAAAUAAGAUUUCAUUAAAAAAAUACAAGAAAAGUCCACUUUGUUAAACAUCAAAAAUCUACUAGAGUAGAGUUAGUCAAAAUCAAUAUUGAAAAAAGCUUUGCAGCAAUUUGAUUAUAUUUAAGAAGAACUUACUUUGAUUUUAAUCAACAUCAAGAAUUCCAUCAAAAAUAUUUCUGAAUAAUAGGUAGCUAGAGAUGAUCAAUUUUUAAAACUCAUUUUUUAAAAUUUAGAUCCUGCUGAGCGUUCUUAAUCAGAGUUAGAUUUCCUAGUAGAUUUUAUAGAAGGAAAUAUUUUUGAGAAAUGGAUUUAAAAAAAACAAUAAGUUUCUUCAUAACUCUAGAAAGCGUAAGAAGUUUUUGAAAGACAUGUUUAGAAUGGAUAUAAGACAACUUAAUUAAUUGAUGAAAUUCAAAAUAAUUUUUAAAGUAAUAUUUUUAUUUUAAGUUCAAAUGAAAAAAUUGAAGAUAAAACUAUUGACAUGGAAGGAUUAGAGAAAGUCAACAAUAAAUUAGUCAAAACAACUUUUUAGCUCACUACAUAAAAAAAUGGAGAUAAAGUCUAUAAAAAAAAUAGAUAGAUUCUUAGAAUGUAUACAAUAUUGUAAAAAUGGUUAGAGAAAAGAAAAUUUUAGGAUAAAAAAAUGAUGAGGCAUUACUUAAUUUAGAGCAGAUGAAAUAUUUAGAAUUUAAAGGAUCAUAUGGCAUAAAGGGUUAUAAAAUUAAAUAAUGGAAUUAUUUUUGGAAAGGAUAAAAUGUUGGAGGAGGUAAUUUCAAUCUAAAGGGAUAAAAAGAAGGAAAGUGGUUUGAUUUAUGUUAAAAUUAUUGGGAGUAUUGAAUAAAUAUAAAUAAAUUAAUUAGCAAGAGGAAUAUAAUUGAAUAAGGUUGUUAUGAAUCGGAUAAAAGAAGUGGUGAUUGGAGUAUAAAUUGGAAUAAUUAAAGAAUGUAAUAAUAUUAUGAAAAAAAAUAAUUAGAGGAGGAGGAUCAUAUGACAAACAAGGAGAAGGUAAUAAAAUUGGGAACUGGAUAGAGCUAAGCGAAGAUUAUAGCGAAAAUUUUUAAGUAAUGUAUCAUGGUGAAUAUGUGAAUGGUAAAAAAAUUGGUAGAUGGGACAUUUAUUAUUAGAAAGAUAGGAUGUAAAAAUAUAUAAUAUUAUCGAAAAACAAUUAAUUUUAGUGGUGGAGGAUUAUAUGAUGAAACAGGGAAUGGAUUAAAAUUAGGUAAUUGGGUUGAAAUAAUGGAUAAUUUUAAAUUGAAUUCAUAAGUAAUAUUUAGUGGUGAAUAUAAAAAUGGUAAAAAAGUUGGAAGAUGGGAUUUUAAGUAUAAGAAAGACAAUAAACCUUUCUUUAAAAUGUAAAAAUAUUUAAAAUGGUGAUAUAGUGGUGGAGGAUCAUAUGACGAUUCAGGCGAUGAAAUUAAAUUGGGUAAUUGGGUUGAAAUUAUUGGUAAUUUCAGGGACUACUCUUAAGUAACCUACAGAGGUGAAUAUAAAAAUGGAAAAAAAGUUGGUAUAUGGAAGGAAAUGAAGAGAGAUAAUUUGAGUAUUAAGGAAGAAUUUAUAAUAGUUUAAGAGAUUAAAUAUGAUAAUUGA